ACCAACUCACUGUUUGUCCUGAGCCAGUUUUUCUGCUGGGCACAGUCUGACUUCAGCAUCUUAGUUACCAGCAGACCAGACGUAAAUUUGUUAAAGAUGGCCUGGAAGAUCAGUUGCCUAAUGAGAAUGUGCAGAUUUCUUCUCUUAGUGAUUUUGUUUCUGCCCUGUGAGGUGACAAGUUCUGUCUUAACUGUGAAUGAUAAAACUGAGAACUAUAUUCUGGACACUUGGCUUGGCUCCCAAGAAUCUCUGAAAUGUGCUGUUAAAAACCACACCAGGGAGGAAGAACUACUCUGGUACCGAGGAGAGGGGACAGUGGAUUUGAAAUCUGGAAACAAAAUCAACUCCAGUUCUGUCUGUGUCUCUUCCAUCAGUGAAAAUGACCACGGAAUCACCUUUACUUGCAAGCUACGGAGGGAUCAGUCGGUGUCCAUCUCGGUGGUGCUGAAUGUCUUUUUUCCUCCUCUUCUGAGUGGAGACGACUUGCAAACCGUUGAGGAAGGCAGUGAUGUGAAGUUGGUUUGUAAUGUGAAAUCCAACCCCCAGGCUCGAAUGAUGUGGUACAAAAACAGUAACAUCCUGAAUUUAGAGCAAAAUCACCAAGUCCAACAGACAAGUGAGUCUCUUCAACUGUCAAUCACCAAAGUCAAGAAAUCUGACAAUGGAACCUAUAGCUGCAUUGCAAAUUCACCUCUGCAAAUGGAGACCAAGGACUUUCACCUCAUUGUCAAAGAUAAAGGUGUGGCUAUACCCAUAGAACCCAUUAUUGCUGCAUGUGUUGUGGUCUUUCUGACAUUGUGCUUUGGACUCAUCGCUAGAAGAAAAAGUAUAAUGAAGCUCUGCAUAAAGGAUGAAGAUCCUCAAAGAGAAACAGCUUUAUGAGAAAGCUGAGACGCCAUCUAACACAGCAAGAGUUUUGCAUCAGGACUUCCUUGAUUUAUGUAGUCCCAUCUGUAUUUAUUGCUAUUAUUAAAUUCACUCCU